GUCCUCUUGCUUUGGCACAGAGCUCUAUAUAGGUUGAGGUGUCUCCUACCCAUCUCCCAUGACAUCUCAAAUGUGGAAUGCAGCUCUGGUUUCUAUACUUAUACCCAAUGAAUCAUGAGGCUUUGCUGUUCCUAUAACUCUAACUUUCUUGAUACUUCUUUACUAUAGGUGAAUCAAAUUGUAGAGAAUGACAUUGAUCAAUAAAAGUCACCCAGAAGAGUUUAUUCUACUUGGUUUUGCAGACCGCCCUUGGCUGGAACUUCCUCUCUUUAUUAUUCUUCUGGUAACAUACCCCACAGCCAUGAUUGGAAACGUUGCCAUCAUUCUGGUAUCCACAUUCGACCCCCAUCUCCACAGCCCCAUGUAUUUCUUCCUCACCAACCUCUCCUUUCUGGACAUGUGCUACACCACAAGCAUUGUGCCUCAGAUGCUAACCAACCUUGGAGGCUCCACAAAGACCAUCAGCUAUAUGAGGUGUGUAGUUCAGCUUUAUUUCUUCCACAUAAUGGGGGGUACAGAGUGUGUCCUCCUGGCUCUUAUGUCCUUUGACCGAUAUGUGGCCAUCUGCAAACCACUGCACUACACCCUCAUAAUGAAUCGGCGUAACUGUCUUCUGUUAGUGUCCACUGUGUGGCUGACUGGAAUUUCCUAUGCUGUCUCAGAGGCCACUGUGACACUGCAAUUGCCUCUAUGUGGCCACAAUAAACUGGAUCACUUGGUGUGUGAAAUUCCAGUUCUGAUAAAAACUGCUUGUGGUGAAAAAGAAUCAAAUGAGCUUGCUCUCUCUGUGGUUUGCAUUUUUCUUUUAGCUGUUCCUCUGUGUUUAAUUCUUGCCUCUUAUGCUAGUAUUGGACAUGCUGUUUUUAAAAUCAAAUCAUCAGAGGGAAGGAAAAAGGCAUUUGGGACAUGUUCCUCUCAUCUCAUUGUAGUUCUCCUGUUCUAUGGUCCAGCCAUUAGCAUGUAUCUUCAGCCUCCCUCCUCUAUUACAAAAGACCAACCUAAGUUCAUGGCUCUCUUCUAUGGAGUAGUAACUCCUACACUGAACCCCUUCAUCUACACUCUAAGAAAUAAAGAUGUAAAGGGGGCAUUAGGUAAUCUUUUCAGGAAAAUUUUUAUGUCAAAGUGA